AUUUUCUAUUAAAAGUAUUAAAUAUAUUUUCAUUUUAAAAGUGAAAAAAUAUAAUAAUAAUUAUAAAAUUUGGAAUGGCACUUGACAAUAGACCAUGUGGAUUUGCCGUAAAAUUACUUUAUUGUAUACUUUAUUUUACAAUUAUUUUUGUAAUUUACGCAAAUGCCGCUGAUAACUGGGACAAAGAUGAUGACCCAAUACCAAUGUCAGAUGUCAAAGCUGUACUUGGUAGUGCAGCAAAAUUACCAUGUGAUAUUGAGCCAUCUACAAGAGGUGAUGGAGUUUACAUGGUCCUUUGGUUUAGAAAUAACUCGGUCAAACCUAUAUACAGUGUUGAUGUACGUGGACGACCUUUUAAUCAAGCGCUCAACUGGUCAGAUGAAGAGGUACGACCUCGUGCACGUUUUAUAACAAUUGAUAGACCUGCUGCUCUAGUUCUUGAAGGUAUAAGACUUGUAGAUGAAGGAAUCUAUAGAUGUCGAGUUGAUUUUAAAAAAUCACCUACUAGAAAUUUUCAAGUUAAUCUUACUGUUAUUUAUCCACCACAUCAACUAUUGUUAAUUGAUAAUUUUGGAAAUGAAGUUGAAGGAUCAGUUGGUCCUCAUAAAGUUGGUGAUGAAUUUGGAUUAUCUUGUGAAGUUAGAGGAGGAAAACCAUCUCCUGUUAUUAAAUGGUUUAUAAAUGGAACAGAAACAAUAGGAAAUAUCGUACAAAUUGGUGAAAAUACUGUUGUCAGUAAAAUUGGUGUUUCAUUGUUACAAAGAGAAAAUUUUAAUAUAACAUACAAAUGUCGAGCUUUCAAUACAGAUCUUGUAAAACCACUAGAAAAAUCUGUCACAAUAAAUAUGUAUCUCAAGCCAAUAAGUGUAACGAUUAUUUCAAAACCAACAAUACUAGAAUUUGGUAAAAGUUAUGAAUUAGUUUGUGAAGUUGUUGGCUCAUAUCCACGUGCACUAGUAACAUGGACAAUGAAAAAAGAUACAAAUUUUACAAAAAUUCAUGAAACUGGAAAUUCGAAAAUUGUUUUAAGUACAUUAUUAUAUUCUCCAAUGCCAGAAGACAAUAAUAAACAAUUACGAUGCCAAGGCAUGAAUCCCAUGCUACCAACAGGAUCACUUGAAGAUUCAUUUCAAUUAAAUAUUUAUUUUCCACCAAAAGUAAGUCUUGAAAUUGGCAAUACUCUUAAUGCUCAAAAUAUCAAAGAAGAAGAUGACGUUUAUUUUGAGUGUAAAAUUUUAGCAAAUCCAGUACAUCAUAAAAUAACAUGGAAACAUAAUGGUCGUAUUCUUACACAAAAAUCAGGAAUUGUUUUGAGUGCACAAAAUCUUGUUCUUCAAAAAAUUAAUCGUGAAAAUGGUGGUAAUUAUUCUUGUCUUGCUAGUAACAGUAGAGGUGAAACAGCAAGUUCAAUUGUUCCACUUCGUGUACAAUUUGCUCCUGUUUGUAUGACAAGUGAUGUUACAAUUAUUGGUGCAUCAUUAGAUGAAUCAGUAAAAAUACGUUGUCAAGUAGAAGCUGAUCCAAUUGAAGUUGAAUUUACAUGGGAAUUUAAUAAUAGCGGUGAAAAUUUUGAACUUGCACCAGCAAAAUUUGAUGGUAAUAAUGGUACAACUAGUGAAUUUAUAUAUACACCAUUAUCAGAAAGAGAUUAUGGUGCAUUAACUUGUUGGGGUAGAAAUAUUAUUGGAAAACAAAAAAAUCCAUGUGUAUAUCAAAUUAUUCCUGCAGUAAAACCAAGUCCAUUAAGUAAUUGUACUUUGAAGGCAACAGUUAAUAAAAGUUCUGAAUUACUUGAAAUUGAAUGUAUAUCUGGUUAUGAUGGAGGUUUACGACAAGAUUUUCGUCUUGAAGCAUAUGAAGCAAGAACAAAUACACUACGUGUUAAUACAUCAAGUGUAUCAGUGAAUAAUCCUGUAUUUAAAAUUCCAAUAAAUGAUCUUUUACCAGCAACAAAUUUAUAUUUAAUUGCUUAUGCAUUAAAUGCAAAAGGUAAAAGUGAAGUUUCAUUAUUGGAAAAUAUAAUCCUACAAGAUUCAGGAAAGCAAGCUGAUACAGAAGUAAGCGUAUUACCAUUAUUGCUACUUUUAAUUGGUGCAUUUAUAGCACUUGGUAUAAUUAUAUUGUCAAUUAUGUUAAUAUUGUAUCGACGACGUGGUACAACAUCACCAAUUCAUAUUGAGCCAUAUAUGAAACAACCAAUAAUAAGUCCACCAGAUUCACGAAAUAAUUCAAUGCUUGAUGUAACACAUGGUGAUCAUACGUAUUUUGUUGAGUAUACAUUAAAACAAGUUGGAGAUUUUGGAUUAAAUCAACCAGAUAUCAUUCAAUCACCUCAAGAUCAUGAAAAAGUAAAACGUGAACAACAACUUUUCUUACCUGUUCGACCAGACACAUUGUUUGCUCCAUAUGACCUUCAUAAACAAGGUCUUCAAAAAAAUAAUUGCAGUUUGAAUCCAUUAUCAACAAAAUCAUGGGAGCCAAUAAGUUUUAAGACAGAUCGAAAUUUAAUGAAAGAAAUAAUCAUUGCAAAUUCAAUACCUGGUCCAGAGAGUUGUGUAUAAAUUGAAAUAAUAAUCAAUUUAUAUCACGCUCUCAAUCACAUAUCAACUUUAAAAAAAAACACAAUAAUAUACGCAUAAAAAUAACAAAAAUAUCAUCAUUAUUAUCAUGAUAAUUUUCAGAUUGGCUACAAAAUCUUUUGUAUAAAAAUUUUAAUAAAAAUACACAAGUAAGUAAAUAAGGGUCGGAUAUAUUUAUACCACAAAAAAAUAAAUACAAAGACAAUGUAAAAAAAAUAAUCAUCAAUGGUAUUUAAAAUCAAAAAUCAACACGUCAAUAUACCAAUGUAAUGCUAAAUAUAAUCUGUUAAAAAUAACAGAAUAUGCAUCAUUUAACAUGUAAUAACUUUGUUCUAUAAAAAAAAAAAAAAAAGAAAAAAAAAAAAACAGUAAUUCAAUAAAUUAACAAUUAUACGUUAUUGAUUUUUAUUUUAAAAUACUGUAGGUUUUAAACGUUUUGAUUUAAAUAAAAAUGUUUUUGAAAAAUUUCUAAUACCACAA